UUAUUAUUGUCUAUAACACAGGCCGCAUUUAUUUAUUUGCAUACCGACAACCGCCCUCGAAGCCUGCCCCUUUCGUUCCGUACCGGCGUCCAAAGCAGUCAUUCUGCUUAGAUGCAUUGUCAGGAAAACUUGACGAUCAAAACAUAAUGGAAAAUCAUAACAAAGUUAAACUUUCAACAGCUGAUCUCAUUGCUGCAAGGAAAAAAGAAUAUUUGCAAACAGAUUUGAGCAAAUGUAAACUGUACGAUCAAGUUCAAGAUAAUUACAAAAUUUCGAGACAAUGCAUUAAUCAAAUUUGUCAAAAAACUGGUAUUGUUUACGACGAUAAUUUCGCUGUACAUUCAUGUACUUGGGAUGUAAAUUAUCCAGAAAAUCCACAGCGCUACGAUUCAAUCAUCAAAAGAUGUAAAGAAUUAGGGUUAAUAGAAAGGUGUGUACAAAUAGAAUGCCGUAUGGCUUCAAAUGGAGAAUUAUUAUUGAAACACACACAAAAAAUAAUUGACCUAUUAAAAUCAACUGCGGGUUCCACAGAUGCUGAUAAUUUAGAAAACCUAUCAUCUAAAUUUGAUGCUGUCUAUAUUCAUCCUGCAACAUAUAAGCAGUCCCUGUAUGCUACAGGAAGCUCGAUAGAACUUUUAAGAGCAAUCUGUGAACAUAAAAUUCAAAAUGGAAUGGCUUUUAUUAGGCCACCUGGACAUCAUGCCAUGAAAUCAGAGUUUUGUGGUUAUUGCUUUUUUAACAACGUUGCUAUAGCUGUCGAAUAUUGUCUUCGUCUUUACUCGGUUGAAAAAAUACUGAUUGUUGAUUGGGAUGUUCACCACGGACAAGCAACUCAACAAAUGUUCUAUGACGAUCCUAGAGUACUGUACUUUUCUAUCCACCGUUAUGAGAAUGGACAAUUUUGGCCCAAUUUGCGAGAAAGUGAUUGGGAUUACACUGGCCAAGGUGAUGGCCAGGGUUUCAAUAUAAAUGUACCACUUAAUACGACUGGAAUGAAAGAUUCUGACUAUCUUGCUAUUAUAAAUCACAUUUUAUUGCCUGUUGCAUCCGAAUUUCAACCAGAUGUCAUAGUAAUAUCAUCAGGAUAUGAUGCUGCUCUAGGGUGUCCCGAAGGCGAAAUGGAAGUAACUCCUGCGUGUUAUGCACAUAUGAUUAACGCUCUAAUGGCCCAUGCUUGCGGUAGGAUUGCUGUUUUCUUGGAGGGAGGAUAUUGCUUGAAAUCGCUUGCAGAAGGUGCUGCUUUGACCCUUCGAGGAUUACUCGGAGAUCCGUGUCCUUUACUUGACAAGACUGUGAAACCUUGUGAUAGCGUUGUUGAAACAAUACAAAAUGUGAUCUAUGCACAUCAGCGAUUCUGGAAAUGUUUCCAGAAUGAAUUUUUGAUAAAUCAAUCGUACAAGCCAAUAUCAAUGUAUUCAUAUGACGAACAACCACCUAGUGUAUUUCCUACUAGAAAUUGUUACCCAACACAAGAUAUGUCCAAAAUAGAUGAAUUUUCAGUUCUACAUCAUUUAAUUUCAGAGACACGGUUACUAAAUAUAAAAAACAAAUGUUGCAUUGCAUUUGAUUUGAUAAUGGACCGAAAACAUGAGAGCAGUGAAAGUGGACAUCCAGAAUGUCCUGGUAGAAUAAGUGCAAUUUUGAACAUGUUUAAAACAUUCAAUUUAACUUCGCGAUUACUUGUUUUACCUUCAAGAGAGGCUAUUGUAAAUGAACUUCUGCUUGCUCAUGAUAAAGAAUAUGUAGAUGAUAUAUCGAAAUUGAACAUGCUGUCAUCGGCGGAAUUAACUGAAAAAGAAAACAGUUAUGAUUCAAUCUAUUUGACUCCUGAUACUUAUAAAGUGUCUACUCUGGCAACUGGCUGUUUAUUGCAGGUUAUUGAUUCUGUUAUGAGUAAUGAAAGUGCAUCUGGUGUAGCAGUGAUACGACCACCAGGACAUCACGCUGAAAAGGAACUUGCGUGUGGUUUUUGUAUUUUUAAUUCUGUUGCUGUAGGCGCAAACUACGCCUUACAGAAGUAUGGCCUAAAAAGGAUUUUAAUAUUAGAUUGGGAUAUUCAUUUUGGAAAUGGAACAAUGAGAGCAUUUAGUUCCGACCCAAGAGUUUUGUAUAUAUCUAUUCAUCGAUACCAAAAUGCCAAAUUUUUCCCGUGCUCCGAAGAGGGUUCUCACAGAGUUGCUGGUUACGGCGAAGGCGAAGGGUUUACAAUCAAUAUACCGUGGAAUAAAGCUGGUAUGGGAGAUGCUGAAUAUAUUUCAGUAAUGCAGAACUUAAUUUUACCCGUGGCCUAUGAAUUCUGUCCUGAGCUUGUGUUAGUCUCAGCCGGUUUCGAUGCUGCGAUCGGAGAUCCACUCGGAGGUUGUAAAGUGACCCCUGAGUGUUUUGGUCAUCUCACACAUUGUUUGAAGUCUCUAGCUAGCGGCAAAGUAAUAUUAGCUUUAGAAGGAGGAUACAACAUAGAUGCCGUUUCAUAUUGCAUGACCAUGUGUACGAAAGCUUUGCUCGGCGAUCCAUUACCAUCUUUGCAAUUGGAAUUUCCUAUUGGUAAAACUGCUCAAAACACAAUGAAACGAGUCGUUAAUAUACACAAACACUAUUGGGCAUGUUUUAAUUGUUUUAACUAUGAUAGAAGUAAAUCAUUGAAAUAUAAUAACUAAAAUAUUAUGUCUUUCGUUUUUGAUCAUAAUUGAAUAUACUAUGUCAGUUUUAUCACCAUUUACCGAUUACCUUUGAGUUUGUAAAUCAUUAACAUUAUUGUUAACUACUACUUACUAUUCAUUAUUCCAUGUUUGUGUUAUUCUAUUGUAUUUAGUAUUAGUAGUUAUUAAAUUAUUAAUUAGUUAUUAGGACUGUAAACAACUUUUUUUUUUAUUAACAAUUCAAUUUGUACUGUUUUUUUGUUAUUGUUAUUUAUUAUUUUAAAAUUAUCAUAUUCUCAUGUCAUAACUAUUUGACUCCUAGUUUUUAGGUAUAAUUUAUUGAGCAGUUCUGUAAAAUAAUGAAAGGACAUACAAAUUCCAUUAACGUCAUUAGUUAUUACAGUGCUUCAUUUA